CAGGUGGUCAGGCGGUGACGCGCUGUACGCAAUCGCUUGCAACAUCAGGAUGCUGGCUGUCCCGUCCAAGCCGCCCCCGUCAAAGCAAUAUCUGAACCAGCUUCGCCUCCACAAGGCCGCGCCGGCGCCCAUCCAGGUCGCAGUGUCAUCGGGCACCGUCCCGUGGCCCGAUCUGGUUGUGCAGGCGGGCCCAGCGGUGAGCGCGCUGUACGUAAUCGCGCUGCUGCUCUCCGCACCCAUCUACCUCGUCUACUAUCUCCUCGACAAGUUCAUCUUCCCGAUCUUCCUCUACGCAUUCGAGGCCAUAGCGCGCACACCGUGCCUAAACGCCACAGCGCACAGUGAGGUGCUUCCGGGCGACGGCUGCGCCUUCAUCACCGGCGCGGACAGUGGCAUCGGCAAGGAGAUCGCGCUCGACCUCGCGAAUCGCGGCUUCGACCUCGUCAUCACCUCGCACAACGAGGAGCACGGGGAGGAGGUGCAACGCGAGAUCGCGGCCAAGUACCCACAGAUCAAGGUGAAGUACUUUGCGGCCGACCUGGCCGCGCCCGACGCGGCAACACACGUCUACGAGGAGAUCUUCCCGUUGCUGCCGGAUUGGUGCCAGGACGUCUCGAUCCUGGUCAACGACGCCGGCGUUGGCUACUACGGCGCCUUUGUGAACGUGCCGACGAAGAAGCUGCAGAUGAUGGUGCAGCUCAACAACAACACCCCGGUCGGCCUGAUGAGCUACUUCCUCGAAGGGAUGAUGGCGCGGAAGCGCGGCAUGGUCCUCAACCUCGGCUCGAUCCAAAGCUUCGACCCAGGCCCGGCCGAGGCCACCUACGGAGCGACCAAGGCCUUUCUGCUCAGCAUCUCACGCGCGAUGCACUACGAGCUUCGUUCCACCGGCAUCUCCGUCACCGCCGCGUGCCCCGGAUUCACGCAGACGAGCUUUUGGAAGCCAGACGAGGAGCCGCUCGGCGCCAAGAUCCCCUGCUUGCUGCAGCAGGCCGCGCCGUGCGCCGCCCAGUGCGUCGAGGGCAUGUUUGCACGCAAGCCGUAUGUCGUCACCGGCAACGUCGGCGGGCUAUUCAACCGGUUCCUCGUCACCGUCGGCCAGAUGAACUCGGAGGACUUUGGGUGCUGGUUCGUCAACACGCUCUGGCGCCUCCCAAAGAAGGUAUAGUCUCCGCACAUAGACGGAGCGAGCGGCUUCCCGGGGCAGUUUGGAGCCGCGACGCCGGCGGGCGGGCGCUCCUGACCUCGGUGGUACUCGUAAGUCGUGCGUGUAUGAACCGCACACUACGGCUUUAACCGUGUGUAUGCGAGCCUCUCCUGUGCAUGUAUCCCUCUGAGCUCUGUUUACUGCGACAGACGACACUAGCCUCUUCACUUGCCUCGCACACACUAUAUACUGCAGCGACAGAGGCAUAGAUUCUCAAGCCUCGACGAUCGUGUUAUAAUCAUCAUUCUGUUCUAAGCUUCUACGACCUGC